AGACACAAUUGUCAUUCGAAUGAAGCAAUCUUUCACAGGGAUCCGAGCGACACCUGAGCCAACCGACGUACACCACCAAACCACCACCUCGAACCAGAUCAGACACGACGCACACAUCACACAUCACCCACACCAGAUACCAGACAUCCGGGCUGAAAGGAACGGAAAAGAAGAAAGUCUACGAGAAACCCUUGCCGCGCACUUGCACCAACGUCCGAACAUAUCUUAUCAUACCAAACUCGACCCUGCAGCCCACCACAAUCAUCCAUCUUUCCCCCCUUCCUCACCGGCUCGUCCUGCAUCCUCUACCAAGGCAGGUAGGUACUUCCUCAUUUCCUCAGUCUGUCUCUGUUUCUUUCCCAAAAGGCACUUGGCACGACUCCCCCCCGGUACAAGGGCACGCACACGCUUCUUCUUCUUCCCCUACCUACCUAAUCCUCCCCGGGCAAGACAAGGCACUCAGUCUGUCCCACCCUCACACUCACAGCCUGGCCCUGGUCUUCUCCCCCUACCUCACCUACCUGCUUGUUUGGCUCAGGUCCCAGACGUCUCCUCCCAAGAGCACCUGCACCCCCCUUCUUCCUUUCCGCACCCCUCCGGCGCAAAUUGGACAGCCAGAGCAAAAGGAGCAAAAGGGCAAGGGGCAACUCGAGAAACAGAGAGGGAAGAAAAAAAAGGCACGACCCCCUCCGGAGUCAUUAGCGAGAUUGGGCCCCUAUCGCUGUGCUUUUCCUCUCUCACACCCCCCAGAUUCAUUCAUUCAUGCUAAGAACGGGCUCCCGGCCACCUUGACGGCAUAGUGGCCGGCUCAUCGCUCCAUUUUUCCAUCUCCUCCUGGUUACUUCAAUCAAUUUCACUCUGCACUGCUUUUUGCACUGCUUUUUUGGCCCUGGCCCGGGUUACGCAGCACUGUACCCGCGGGAGUACCUGUUCCUCUCUCUCCGUCCCAGGCUUGCUGGCUCCAUCGCCCUCGUCCUCGCCCAUCCCGACGCGCGGGUCCACGGUGAAUCACUCUGCUGGAUCGUGUGGGUUUCUUCCCUCUAUCCUCUCACUUUCACAGCUCAGGCUCUCGCGCACACCCGCCUGCACCUCUCCGUCCCUCGACCCUCGUCACCCCCGUUCAUUCCUGCUCUCCCUUUCCCUCGCCUCGCCUGCUCAUCCCCUCCCCCCUCCUUCCCAGAUUCCCAGAUUCCCUGACCCCUUCCGCUCUCGUCCGUUUCUUCGUCCCUCAUUUUUUAACACUCAUGUGCGUCGCAGUCGCAGUUCUUCCGCCCAGCAGCAGAUUAGCUCUUCGUCAAGCAAAGCAUCGAUCAACUGCCGCCGGGCCUGCGAUUGUACUGCAGUUCCAUGCAGAUAUCUUGACCACGCACCCGAGCACACACAUCACAGACGGAGACGGACGCACAUUUCCAACUCAGAUAUAUCGCCCCGUGCCUUGAUGCUCACACAACUCUCGCCCCCUCGUCUCCGCCGCCGACCUUGACACGCACAAUUCGACGCGCUUCCCAAAGAGACCAAACCAACAAAACCUGGUCUGCCGUCGCCCAACCCCCCCCGUCCACUUCCCAGGGUCGCUUCCUCAUCAUCGCAAUCUCGACCCACGCACCCGAGAACAUCGUGUACCCUCUGGAUAUCCACGUCUGAGGAUCCAUCCCCGAUCGACUGGUUCUAGCUCCAUUCCCACCCCCUGGACCCUUACCUGGCCCUUUUAAUAAUAUCGACCACCUCCUGGCCUUCGCCUGUUCCCCUCGCCGUCUCCUCUUCUUCAUCUGGUUUCGCUCUCUUAGUCCAUCCCAGCACACUCUUUCAAGUCUUUUUCCUAUUUCCAACAUCAACUGUUCCGACCCAAUACAAGCGACAACACACGCACCCCAAUUUCCUUGCUUCAACUUUCAACAACUCUUCACACCACCACCACCACCACUACCACUGGUACCACAACUGCAGGCACGACACGGAUAACUCUCCAUCCACUACCGGUCUGAAUGCCACAGAUUUCGCAAGCGGCUCUUGCAAAGAGCUCCUCCUAGUUCGGCACAGCAUUGAAAUACCGUCAUCACGAGGAUCUUGACUGGAAUCAACGAUCACCUCAACCCCCCAAAAUCACACAAAAAUGACGGUCGCACACGAUUUGACCCAUAGAGGGGCAACGUCCCACCCUGCCAGCAAUAUGGCUCUCGAAGACAGGUUCGAGGUGCUCAAGGAGAUUGGAGAUGGUAGCUUCGGCAGCGUCGUCCUUGCCCGAGUCCGUAGUGCAGGUGCUAGCGUGGCUCGCCGCGGCACGGUGGUCGCCAUCAAAACCAUGAAGAAGACGUUCGAGUCCUUCACCCCGUGCUUGGAACUUCGCGAGGUCGUCUUCCUGAAGACCCUUCCCAACCACGUCCACCUCGUCCCCGCCCUCGAUAUUUUCCUUGACCCUUACAGCAAGAAGCUUCAUAUCGCCAUGGAAUACAUGGAGGGUAACCUGUACCAAUUGAUGAAGGCCCGGGACCACAAGUGUCUGGACAACGCCAGCGUCAAGAGCAUUCUUUUCCAGAUCAUGCAGGGUCUCGAGCACAUCCACGCUCACCACUUUUUCCAUCGCGACAUCAAGCCCGAGAACAUCCUCGUCUCCACCUCUGCCCACCAGGACGCCGUCACGUCGUUCCGCAGGUACUCGGCUCUUGUCACCCCUCCCUCCACGCCCCCGAGCUAUACCGUCAAGAUUGCCGACUUUGGCCUCGCUCGCGAAACACACUCCAAGCUGCCCUACACAACAUACGUUUCGACGAGAUGGUACCGUGCACCCGAGGUGCUUCUCCGUGCAGGCGAAUAUUCGGCCCCAGUCGAUAUAUGGGCGGUUGGUGCCAUGGCGGUCGAGAUCGCCACCCUCAAGCCACUCUUCCCCGGCGGAAACGAGGUCGACCAAGUUUGGAGAGUAUGCGAAAUCAUGGGAAGCCCUGGAAACUGGUACAACAAGUCGGGUGCCCGCGUGGGCGGCGGCGAAUGGAAGGAUGGCACCAGGCUGGCCGGCAAGCUCGGGUUCUCAUUCCCCAAGAUGGCGCCCCAUGCAAUGGAUACGAUUUUGCAACAGCCACAGUGGCCCGCUGCGUUGAGCCACUUCGUUACGUGGUGCCUUAUGUGGGACCCCAAGACUCGCCCGACCUCAACACAGGCGAUUGCUCACGAGUACUUCGCCGACGCUGUUGAUCCCCUGAGGCCCAAGUCUUCUGCUUCGAGAAUUCUGGGUCGCAAGCAGUCCGAUCUUGGCCGUGGCAGCAAUUCCAACUCUUCUACCCCCACGUCUUCCAAACCGUCUUGGUUCAGAAAAUCUCUUAUCGGUCGCUCGGAAAGCGCCGAGGUUGCCAUGCCCCAAUCGAUCUCCAAGGAAUCGACCCCGAGACCAUCCCCCGUUCCCUCGCAGACGACAAAUGAGGUCCCCGUUGCCAAGACCCGUCCUGCGCAGUCGAAACGCACGACUUGGACAAACGGCCCGUCAAACGUCGCCCCUAUGCCGAUACUCCCCACCAUCCGUCCCAUCUCCCCUCUAUCUGAUGCUGUUACCGCCGAGGCCAGAAACGGCGUCACCUACAACGAUUCGUACGCCAACGGUCGGCACCGCAACGUUCAGAUUGACGAGAAGAAGAAGAUUGGCAGGCAACUGUCGGUUGCAUCGAGCACGAACAACUACGCCGAGAUUCACCGCCAGCAGGCCGAGAGGGCACUCAAUGGCAAUGGCGGCCUUGCAUCGCCGCCCAACGGUCACAAGGAAAGCUUCUUUUCACACCUUCGCAAACGCGCCCGUCGCUUUUCGGGCAGGCACCAGGCCCCUAUGUCACCCAACUCGGAUGACGUUGAGGCUCAGGCAGGUUGCGGCCCAUGGAACAGCAACAGAUCCUCCAUGGUGAUCGAGAACGCGCCUACACCCCCGCCGAAGCCUACUGAGAUCUACGAACCGCUUGACAAGGCCUUGCGAGACGUUCAGCAGACCCAAGACCAUGCUCCUGUCCCUCCCGCGCACCUCAUCAACCCCAGCAGCGCUCUAAAGAGACACCACUCCCUGCCGCAACACCAGCCGCGAUCUGUUGACAACCUAAUGGUGGCUGCAAGAGGCACCGGACCGGUUUCGGGCCGAACCCGUCGUCAGGGUGUCCAGCACUACGACGCCCCGGACGAAGAGGACGAACUGCUCGACGAGGCUCUCAACUCGACUCACCACGCCAUGAACCGCAUGGAGAAGGAUGGGAAGCCCGGCCUGCGUCAAUCUGCCAGCAACGUCGCCAUGGCGAACCCGUAUCCGACCCCGUCUCCUUCAGCCAACGGUAACUCGGUACUUUUCGGCGACAACCACGAAGCCGUCACGCCCAAGCCUCUGAACCUUCAGAAGUCUCACGGCACUGAGAACCAGUACAAGUGGCCCACGCCUCCGUACGAGGAGAGCGAAUGGGCUGCUUCGGCCUCUGCCAGCAUUUGGGCGGCCAGCAACCGGUUUUGAGGCGGCGCUCUAGAGGCUGUGCAGAUUUCACCGCAGAAGUUUCUUGUGUAUUCACAUGCAUGGACCUGGUGUUUUUGGCGUUUACCGGUGUACCGACGUCACCGAGCAGAUGGAGGCGAUUUUAAAUCCGGAUAUCGGUUCUCUUUUUUGCCCAUGUCCUGGGGGAACAGGGUGGCAUUUCGAUCAUUCCACGAUAUCUUCGAUACCACAGGGCGGCUCGCUUUUCCGUCAUUGCGCAUAUAUUUAUUUCCUUCUUUUUUAUCGACUCAUCUGUUUCGAAAUACCCGACAUUAUAGACUGGAAGGGAUGCUCAAGGUGUCCUACCAAAGCCAAUAUUUCUUUUGUUUCUUGGGGCUCACGCGGGCAAGGAGUGGCAGUCCCAAUCUGGAAGAAGAACACGGUUCACAAGGGAUUGGGGGAAAAAGAUAAGGGGUCAAACAUGGUCACACAAUUCUGUACAAGGAAGGACAAGGGCACAAGAUUUUCUAGAUUCUCUGCGGGCUGGACACGUCAGACGACUCAGGGAAAGCCAUGUUGUGGCCGACAGAUGCCCAAACGGAUAGUUUGUCAUAUAUGGACCGCGGAAAACACAAAUGGCAUACAUAUGGGCGACCCUAUCGAAGCUACUCGGCAAGGGCUGAGAGUCCCGCGCCUGCACAUGUGCGCAGUCGCGUGGAAACUAUCAUUUUAACUAGCUGGUUUGGAGAAAUGAGGUGGGAUAAAAGCAAAUAAGUCAGGAUGGGGGGGAUUGGAGGAACUGUACGUAGGCGGACGAACUUUGGAGUCCUGCUAUCACCACCAUACUACAUACAUAAUAAUAGGUGUGUAUCCUAGAGAUGCACACCGUUUACGAACCAUCCGCUUCUGCUUUCUGGGGGAAACUUUACAUCUGGUAGCAAAGGAGAGGGGAAGGGUGAUUACUUGGAAUUGACUCUCGAC